CCUCCCUCUUCCAUCACUAACUCAAGUCUUUCACUUGAUCAUCACCUCCUCCACCCAUGUCACCUCUUCGCUUCAACGCUUUUCUUCUACUCUCUUUGCUCUUCUUCCUCCCUCUCUCUCAUGGCCUAGUUGAAGGGUUUCAAGGUGGAAUGCAGCGUAAAUAUCACUCACUUCAUCAACAGAUGAAAGGUGGGAAUUAUGAGAGGAUCCAAAUGAGUUCAUCAUCAAGAAAGCUGCUGACGGGUGCAAUGCUGGAUUAUGACGAUACAGGCGCUAAUACUAAGCACGAACCAAGGAGAAAACCUGGGAAACCCUGAUAUAUAUGUCAAGUAAAUUGCCUAGUGUCUACUAACCUCUCUUUUCAGAGGUUUUGAUGAUAUCUUAGUAUUAGAAAGGCGUGAUAUUAUGGUGUUCUUGAAUGAGGUCUUAUCUAGAGCAGCAAUAAAUAAAAUAAUCAUAGUAAUAUAUUUUAAUUAGUACAAUCAAAAACCCUACUCAGAGGGUGUAU